UCUAACCGCUGAGGCUGAAACAUGCCCCCGAGAGCCGAGAACCGACAUCUCUUUCCUUAAUUCCUGUUUCUUUCGAAUUUCACUUCUUUAAUCUUUCCUUUUCUCGACCCCAGCAAAGGAAACAGAACUAGAAUCUGCGCCCUCUCUCUCUCUCUCUAGUGUCUAGUCUCUGUAUAAAUAUCUGUCUCAGUCUAAUCCAAGCUAACCGAAGCAAUUCACUAGUCUGUAAAGGUGAAGUUUUCUUUUUCAUUGUUCUGUGUGGGAUACUUUCCUUGCGCCUGCCUCCUGGAACCAAACGGUCCCUUUUGUUGUUUGAUCAACAUGCAGCAGCAGCAGAAGCCAUGCACCUUCAAUCUUCAUUUCAAUGUUUGUAACAUCUGAAUCUUCUAUAUCGUUGAUCAAAGUUCCGCUUCUUCGGUGUCUGGCUUAACCGGACGCUCUGUGGCGACGAGUGUGGAGAAGAGAUGAAGAACGAAGAACAAGCUCGCUCUCUGUUUGGGAUUUCCCUAUCCGACCGACCCAAGUGGCAACAACUUCUAAUUUGCUCUUCUGGUUUCUUUUUCGGUUACCUCGUCAAUGGCAUCUGCGAGGAGUAUGUGUACAAUCGCCUCCACUUCAGCUAUGGUUGGUACUUCACCUUUGUUCAAGGGUUUGUAUAUUUGGCGCUCAUAUAUUUCCAAGGCUUCACCACUAAGCAGACGGUGAACCCAUGGAAGACCUACGUCAAGCUCUCUGCAGUUCUGAUGGGAUCUCAUGGACUAACCAAAGGGUCUUUAGCUUUUCUUAACUACCCUGCUCAACUCAUGUUCAAAUCCACUAAGGUACUGCCGGUGAUGGUAAUGGGUGCCUUCAUUCCAGGCCUGAGACGGAAAUAUCCAGUCCAUGAAUACGUUUCAGCUUUGCUUCUCGUAGUGGGUCUCAUCCUUUUUACCUUGGCGGAUUCUCAGACAUCUCCCAAUUUCAGCGUUAUCGGCGUCGUGAUGGUAACAGGUGCUCUUGUCAUGGACUCCUUCCUGGGUAAUCUGCAAGAGGCAAUCUUCACCAUGAAUCCCGAGACCACGCAGAUGGAGAUGCUGUUUUGCUCAACAGUAGUCGGGCUGCCAUUCUUGAUCCCGCCCAUGCUCUUAACGGGGGAGCUGUUCAAGGCUUGGAAUUCAUGCUCUCAGCAUCUUUACGUCUACGGCGUCUUAGUGUUCGAAGCAAUGGCCACUUUUGUAGGACAAGUCUCCGUUCUGUCUCUCAUCGCCAUUUUUGGGGCUGCUACCACGGCCAUGGUGACAACAGCUAGAAAGGCAGUGACAUUACUGCUGUCUUACUUGAUAUUCACGAAGCCCUUAACGGAACAGCAUGGGACAGGACUCUUGCUCAUAGCCAUGGGCAUCAUACUGAAGCUUUUGCCCGAAAGCAACCCCACCAGGGCCACUACCUCCUCUGCCGUUGCCAGGAAUGCCAAAGCAAAAUCCUCUUUUAAACAUGACAAGACUCCCACUACUACUACGACUACUCUUCAUCAAUCAGAAAAUGCCCAAGAUGACGAAGAAAAGAGGAAUUUGAUAUGAAUGCAAAUUAAAUAAUCUAAUAGAAGAAGAUAGAAGAAGAAGAAGAAGAAGAAGAAGCGUGUUGUUAUUGUAAUUUCCUGUUACCACUCCACUUGCUAAUAAUAGUUUGAUUAUGCAAGAAAAAUAAGAAAAGAGACGGAAUGUUUCAUGUU